AAUUUAUAAAGCCGCCUUCUCAUUAAACCCAUGACUAGUUUCUCUCUAGUCAAAAAUUUCCCCACCUUCUCAUAUCUUUCCUCUUGUUUCCCUUCUAACCUUCCAUCUCUCUCUAUAAACCCCGUGAAUUCGACCCCUACAGUUCCUGCUACUCACAACCCACGGAAAUUCUCUAUACCCUCCUCUCCCCACACCCCAUACAUGGAAAUGGAAGUGGUGGUGGCAGUCCCGCCAGUACCGGUGGACUUCAACUUUGAUAGCACUUGCUCUUCUCCUUACAUGACUGCUCCUUCAAGUCCUCAAAGAUUUGGCAACUUCUUCUCGAGUGCCCCUACUAGUCCUACUCGUUCUUCCUCUUUCUUCAGAGAGCUUAAUGAUGUCUCUCUUGCUACUAAUUCUUCUUCGAUUCCUUUUGAUUGGGAAGAGAAGCCUGGAACUCCAAAAGCAAGAAAGAAUACGAACCAUGAUAGUGAAGAUUUUGAUUUUAUUGACGAUGGUGAUUUUGAGUUUGAUUUUAGUGGUCAGUUAGAUAGAACUUCUUUAUCUGCUGAUGAACUUUUUGAUGGUGGCAAGAUCCGUCCAUUAAAACCACCACCUGGUUAUGAUUCUUCAGUUUCUUCUCCUAGGUCGUCAUCGCCGAGAUCAAGAAAUGCACAGAAGAAGAAAGAUUUUGAUCCUUUUCGAGCUGCCAUUGAAGAGACUACAAGACGAGAAGCUAAAGAACAGCAACAAAAUCAAGAACGAAGAAAACAUGCAUAUUCACAGCAACGGGGAAGAGAAAGAACCAUCUCUGGUCCUUCUUCUUCUUCUUCGAAUAAGUCUUCCAAUUAUGUUCAUAAAGGAAGCAGAUCUUUAUCUCCAUUAAGAGUCUCCGACUUUAUUCUUGAUCAAGAAGAGAAUAACUCACAAAAUAAUGACAAGACUAUCACUCCAACAACGCCCAAUCCUAAAUCCUCUUAUGCAUCUUCUAUCUUAUCUGCGAUAUCAUUUUCGUCAAAAGGUUACAAGAAAUGGAAGCUAAAAGACUUCCUGUUGUUCAGAAGCGCAUCAGAGGGGAGAGCAACAGGAAAAGAUCCAUUAACUAAAUAUGCAGUUUUAUCCAGAAGGGAGGCAGCAGAGGAUGUCAAGAAUGCAAGUUUCCGAUCAACAGACAGCAGUGUAGGCGGCUCCUCCAGGCGGCGAGGCCCUGUAUCGGCUCACGAAUUACAUUACACAGCCAACCGGGCAGUUUCAGAGGAGAUGAAGAGGAAAACAUUUUUGCCUUACAAGCAAGGAUUACUGGGUUGCUUGGGGUUCAACCCUGGUGUGCAUGAAAUCUCUAGAGGAAUUGGGUCUUUGGCACGUGGAUAAUCCAGAUUGCCCGAUCUGGUUUCUAUAUAAUUUUUCUUUUUAUAUCUUCUUUUAUUUAUUUGAAUUUUAAUGGGUAUUAUAAAUAGCUCCUUCUGAUGAUGAUACAUAAAUGAUACAAAAAAAAAAAAAAAAAAAAAGGAAAGAAAGAAAGAAGACAUGUACAAGUCUUUUACAAGAUUAUCUUCUUGUGUUUGGGUGUAUCAGAGAUGUGCCUUAGCAAAUAAAAGGUUUUAAGCAGAAUGUAGCAGUUGUGCUUAUCUACUAGCUUAAUUUAUUAAUUUGGCACACCAUAA